AUGAAGAGGCAGAACGUGCGGACCCUGUCCCUCAUCGUCUGCACCUUCACCUACCUGCUGGUGGGCGCCGCCGUCUUCGACGCCCUGGAGUCGGACCACGAGAUGCGCGAGGAGGAGAAACUCAAGGCGGAGGAGACGCGCAUCCGGGGGAAGUACAACAUCAGCGGCGAGGACUACCGGCAGCUGGAGCUGGUCAUCCUGCAGUCCGAGCCGCACCGCGCCGGCGUCCAGUGGAAAUUCGCCGGCUCCUUCUACUUUGCCAUCACGGUCAUCACCACCAUCGGUUACGGGCACGCGGCCCCCGGCACGGACGCGGGCAAGGCCUUCUGCAUGUUCUACGCGGUGCUGGGCAUCCCGCUGACGCUGGUCAUGUUCCAGAGCCUGGGCGAGCGGAUGAACACCUUCGUGCGCUACCUGCUGAAGCGCAUCAAGAAGUGCUGCGGCAUGCGCAACACGGACGUGUCCAUGGAGAACAUGGUGACGGUCGGCUUCUUCUCCUGCAUGGGCACGCUGUGCAUCGGCGCGGCCGCCUUCUCGCAGUGCGAGGACUGGAGCUUCUUCCACGCCUACUACUACUGCUUCAUCACGCUCACCACCAUCGGCUUCGGCGACUACGUGGCGCUGCAGACCAAGGGCGCGCUGCAGAAGAAGCCGCUCUACGUGGCCUUCAGCUUCAUGUACAUCCUGGUGGGGCUGACGGUCAUCGGCGCCUUCCUCAACCUGGUGGUCCUCAGGUUCCUGACCAUGAACAGCGAGGACGAGCGGAGGGACGCCGAGGAGCGGGCGUCCCUGGCCGGGGCCCGGAACAGCAUGGCCAUCCACGUGCCCGAGGAGGCGCUGCGGGGCCGGGCGCGCUGCAAGGCGGACGGGGACCUGCAGUCCGUGUGCUCCUGCUCCUGCUACCGGCCGCAGGGCCGCGCGGGGGGCCGGCCCGCGGGCCACCAGAACUCCUUCGGCGCCCAGCUCGGCCCGCAGUACUUCCACUCCGCCUCCUACAAGAUGGAGGAGAUCUCGCCCAGCACACUGAAGAACAGCUUCUUCCCGUCGCCCACCAGCUCCGUCUCGCCGGGGCUGCACAGCUUCACGGACGUGCACAGGCUCAUGCGCCGGCGGAGGUCCAUCUAG